CAACUCUGCUUUAUCGGACAACGUGUGGGUCGGCGUGGACGAGAUUGAACGCGAAAGUCAACGAACUCUCCGAGCAUAUGUGGGAGAAGACUGUUAAGAUAUUGACGAACGACAUUUCACGCGGAAAGGAAACGAAUCCUAUACAGUGUGUCAACGGAUACGAUUCUGAGGACAAGCCGACGGACUUUCUUUAUGUAACGGAGAAUUGUUUCACGAGCAACAUCAAUGUGGACCACACAGUUGUCAUAAGCUAAUAAGUAUCAUAUAUUUUGUUUUUAGUCUGAAUUUUUGUUUCAGCAAAGCUUUAAUUUUUAUUUAUUAAAAAUAUGGUAUUGUACUUUACAUGAUAAAACUGUUAAGUAUCAAAUAAUAAUUAACAAAACUUCUAAAUUUUUGUGAAUCUUUACAAUUAGGUACCGUAAAAGCCCCUAACUUUGUGACAGGGUCCUAACUAUGUGACACUCAAGGUUUUGGCCAAACAGAGCUCUCUCGUGGUUCUGGAUUAAUCUUAAAGUUCGAAAAACGGUGUCGCUACCUCCAGGCAUUUUUUCGAACUUUAAGAUUAAUCCAGAACCACGAGAGAGCUCUGUUUGGCCAAAACCCUGAGUGUCACAUAGUUAGGAUCCUGUCACAAAGUUAGAGAAUUUUACGGUAAAAAGCUAAUAAGUAGGUAUCAUUUUGUUUUUAGUCUGAAUUUUUGUUUCAGCAAAGUUUUAAUUUUUAUUUAUUAAAAAUAUGGUAUUGUACUUUACAGUUUUUAUUUGAUACCAAACACAGAGAUUAAGUUUGAAAAAUUAUAUAAAAACAUUGAAUUAUAUAAAAUAACAAAAUAAACAGUUUAUAUAAUAU